GCUGCAGUCACAGUUCCCUAUACAGACCUCAGGAGGGAAGACAUUCAACUAAAAGCCUGAAAGUCACGGACCAUGGCCUUGCUCAGGACUGCAUUGCUUCUCUUCGCUUGUCUUGAAAGCUGUGCUCUUACUUCAGCUUUUAAUGUCGAUGGUUUGCAAAAUGUUCCUGAAGCCCUGAGAGCAAAUGGGGAUGUCUGCCAGGACUGCACCCAAAUAUUUGAACUCCUUGACGACCUGUUAUCCAACACAGACCUCCAGAGAAAGAUCAUGGAUGGCAUCGAACAAAUUUGCGACCACCUGCCUGGACCUGGCACUGCCAAACUCUGCAAAGAUGAGGUGGAGAAGAUGCUUCCAAUGGCCAUCAGCUUCAUUACUGGUGUUGUAAAACCAGACCAGAUCUGCCAUAUCCUUGGACUCUGUGGCUCCUGUGACAAGCAGGAGAAGAUGCUCCACUACUUUGUCAAGGAGGCCCUGCAGGUGGCUGUGACAAGUGGAAAUGUGCAGGACAACCCACACUGCUCCUUCUGCAUUUUUCUCAUCAAGACUUUGGAGGACUUGAUGCCUAAAGAUAGGACUGAGGAAGCUGUGAUCAAGCUGCUGGGGGAGAUCUGUCACAUUUUGCCACAUUCCUACCGAGAUCAGUGUGAGGUUGUCGUAAGCACUUUCAGCAAGACGGUGCUGGAUGCAAUCCUGGGCUACGCCACCCCUCAGGCUAUCUGCGCUCUCAUCCACAUGUGCAAAGGGCAGGAGGCUCCUGUUGUAGACCCAUGCACUUUGGCAACCUACAGGUGCAGUGACUUCCAAACUGCGCUGAAAUGUGGAACUGUGUUCUACUGCCAGAAAUUUGCCUGGAAGCCUCUCAACACACUGUAAAACAUUAAGGCGGGACCAAAAGCGUGAGUCGACCCCGGUGCCUCCGUGGACGACCCAGAUCUUUCACCAUCAAACUGCAAAUAUUUCUCUAACUGCUUGACACCUGUGGCUUUCAGUUUGAUAGCAUUUCUUUAAGAUAGUGAUUUGAUAUCAAGUGCAUUUUUUAUUUUACAUUGUGCAUACGCUCUGAACUGAAUGGAAAAAAAAAUAGGACUUAGCUUGACUAAAUAUCAUGGACAAAAGGAUUAUUUGAACUUCAGGAGUAAAAGGAAUGUUGAACAAAUAUGAACGCUCAGCUGUAGGGUCAGAAAGUUGAAUGAUUAUUAUAAAAGUAAAAGUUAUCACGCUUUUUUCUUUUAAUUUUUGUACUAACCGCUUUUCUAUAUAUAGUGUGAAGGCUUCAUCCACAUUUUAGUUUGUUCUUGUAAUUUUUCACACAAAGAUGAGGGGAAUUAUCUGAAUAAAUGUUGGUAAAUAAAGAUCAGUUUAUUCUC